ACAGGGUUACCAGUGAUCCUUUAAACAGGCAGGUGCCCCGCCAGUCCCAGCCCAAAGCUCACCGCCGCUGACUUUUUAACGUCCCAGGAGCAGCUCCUAUAAACUGUCAUGCAGCGGGUAACUCUGGUGAGUCAUGUUAACGGCGAUGGCCGCGGGUCGGUGGUAUAAAUAGAGCAUCAUCGCUGCAGAGGUGGGAAAACAACCUGGAUUAUCAGCUGUAACACACACCGCAGACUCACGCACGUGUUGAUGCGCGUUUAAUUUGGUUUUUGUUUCUCCAACUUUUAUCCAUAAAGAAGUGGAAUUUGUUUACAGCUGGAUUAAAACCUCCAACUUUAUUUCUUUUUUUAUUUCUUUCUUUCUUUCUUUCUUUUUAAUUCCUCCACUUGUUGAGUUGUGCUCCGCUCCGCUCUGGAGAUGUGGUGGAUGCUGUUUCCACGGUGGAUCUGGUUCCUGGCGUGCGUCUCCGUGUGGAUGGAGCUCCAGGUCGGAGUGUUGCCCCAGAUCACCUACUCCCACGCGGGGAUCUGCCCCAAUGACAUGAACCCCAACCUGUGGGUGGACGCCAUGAGCACCUGUACGCGAGAGUGUGAAACCGACCAGGAGUGUGAGACCUUCGAGAAGUGUUGCCAAAAUGUGUGUGGGAAUCGAAGCUGUGUUGCAGCCCGUUACGUGGACGGAAAGAAAGGCCCCGUGGGAAUGCCCAAGGAGGCCUCCUGUGCCAGUUUUAUGUGCACCCAGCAGGGGUCCGAGUGCGACAUCUGGGACGGCCAGCCGGUGUGCAAAUGCCGGGACCGCUGUGAGAGGGAGCCGCACUUCACCUGCGCCUCCGACGGCAUGACCUACUACAACAAGUGCUACAUGGAUGCGGAGGCGUGCUCCAAAGGCAUCACCCUGUCCGUCGUCACCUGCCGCUUCCACCUCACCUGGCCCAACACCAGCCCCUCGUUGCCCCAGGUGACCACUCUCCGCCCAACCACUGUUCCCCUUCAGGCGACCAUUCCGCCUUCUCAGCCGCCCGUUGCAGUCAGCAGCCCCGUUCACCAGACUGUAAAGGAGGGUAACACGGCCAGCUUCCUGUGCGACGUGAUUGGCCGCCCCCGGCCCGAGAUAACCUGGGAGAAGCAGCUGCCGGAGGGCAUGGAGAGGGUGAUAAUGAGGCCCAAUCACGUGCGAGGGAACAUGGUGGUCACUAACAUUGGUCAGCUGGUCAUCUACAACGCCCACCCGCACGAUUCAGGCGUCUACACCUGCAUGGCCAAGAACCCGUCCGGCUCAGUGAAGGUCAGCCACCCACUAACCGUGCUGCCCACAGUGCCGCCCAAAACCCCCGAGCCGAAGAACAUCACCCGCUGCCUGCCUGAUGAGUGCCUGAAACCCCCUGAUAGCCCUGAGGAUUGUGGGAGCGAGCUGGAGAAGGUCAGCUGGUACUAUGAACCCAAGACCAACAACUGCUUCUCCUUCACCCACUGCCACAGCAACAACAACAGCCAGCAUGCCAGGAAGGUCUUCGAGACAUAUGAGGACUGCAUGCAGUGCUGCGGUCCAGAGCUCUCAGGCCCUUGCGGACUCCCAAGCCUUCAAGGACCCUGCAAAGCCUACGAGCCUCGCUGGGCCUAUAGCAGCGCCCUGCGGCAGUGCCAGUCCUUCAUCUACGGAGGCUGUGAGGGCAACGAAAACAACUUUGAAUCUAAGGAAGCCUGCGAGGAGAUGUGCCCCUACCCAAAAAACCAACACUGCAAGUCCUGCAAGCCAAGAGGCAAGAUGGUGACGAGUUUCUGCCGGAGCGACUUCGUCAUCCUGGGUCGGAUGACAGAGCUCACAGAGGAGAAGGACUCGGGCCACGCCCUUGUGACCGUGGAGGAGAUCCUGAAGGACGAGAAGAUGGGGCUCCGCUUCUUCGGUAAGGAACCUCUGGAGGUCACCUUCCUCAACAUGGACUGGAAUUGCCCAUGCCCAAACAUCACAGGUGCUGCCGCCGAGGGACAGGUCAUCAUCAUGGGCAACGUCAACGACGGCAUGGCAGUCCUUCAGCCGGAGAGCUACGUGGGUGCUUCCAGCCCUCGCCGCGUACGGAAGCUGAGAGAAGUCAUCUCUAAGAACACGUGUGACAUUCUCAAAGCAAUCACUAACAGCCCUCAGUAGGGUUAGGGUCGUAAUCUGAACAUAAAGUUUAGAAAAAAUCUGACUCAACAGCAACAGGCUGUCAUCCUCUGAACAUUAAUUGUAAUAAUGUUUUGCCACAUUUAAUGGAUUUCUUUUUGUUUCUGAAAGUUCCUGAUUGGGAACCUUGUCUUGUAUGUACAGAAGUGUGUCUUCGUGUGGUCUGUUAUGGUGCGGUCAUUGGUGUUGUUGAUUGAAAUACCAUGUACGUGAACACAAGAGACAUCCAUCACGAUCCUCUUGUUACCUUUAAUCCCCCAGACUCCGUCGUUCCUCAUGCCCUCCAGCAGAAAUGGAGGUUGCAGACUUGCAGUGAAGCAUAAAACAGACACGAUUGAGUUUGAUUUUUAUGUACAUAAUUUUACUGUCACUGUUCUUUUGAUACUUUUAUUUGCCAGCAUUAUUUUUUUUCCCACUCCCUCCUGGCACUGUCAAUACCUGAGAGUACUUUAACUUCAUACAUUUACUCCAUACUGUAUUUCUCAACAGGGUAUUGCACAUACAGUAUGACAAAUUAAGUUUGAGUUUGGUUCAUCCAAAUAAAUGAGUUGUAAUAUAUUUUAUUUACCAGCACACUUCGUCACAAACUGUCUUACCACUUUUUAGCUAUUUAUUAUCAUAUAAGCUUUUCUUUUGUCUUGUUUUUAUACUUCACCUCCUCUGAAAAUAAGUGUCAUUUUGUAAUUUUGUGCAAAGAAAAUAAAGA